AUGCUCUCAAUGGGGUCGAUCACCGCAUAUUCGAAGUCGUUGUCAAGCAUCCCUCCUAAUCUUGAUGGACCACCGCACAUCUAUCAGUCUGCAGACACCAUGAAGGCUUCCACCGGCAUCGCCCUUUCCGUGGCCGGCUAUGCAGCAGCAUUCCAUUUUGUCCUCGAGCUGGCCAAUCAAGCUGAGAUGGCACAACCUGCGCAUCUGCUGAAGCGCGAGGAACCACCUCCGCGCGAGCCUGUCAGGAAACUCAACCUCCCAAACACUGGGACUCCCCCACUGCCUUUCAAUGCGCAGGAUCAAUACGUCGACGUCACCGAAGGCAGCGGUCAUGAAUGGCGGGCCCCACUGCCUGGUCAGCUCCGUGGUGAAUGCCCUGGUCUAAACGCCGCGGCAAAUCACGGCUUCCUCGACCGACCGCAGCGGAGUGACCACCAUCGCUGA